AUGCUGGGCGCCUCCAGCCAGUCUCAAAAGGCACUGUCGCCUCAGCAGUCUGCAUCGAGCGUCAACACUCUCAACCCACGCCCGAGUUUCGAGCGCGAAGCGAGCGCCGGUGGCCUCCAGCCGCCCUCCGCAUCCGCCAAUGCAUCGAGAAGCUUGGGCGCCUCGGGCGUCAGCUUCGGCCCGCGAGGCUCCUCACUCAACCCCUCCAUCGCGCCAGGGAGCUUCAGUUCUGAGCUGCGCAGCCAAAUGAUGCCAUCUCGAUCUGGCUCCCGGGGCGAUAUCUACAGCAUAGAUAAGGUCGAUGAGGAAGAUUCCGCCACGGCUGCCGAGCAGACCCUGGCAGCGCUCCGAGAACAGCUAAAUCGGGAGAUGAAGAUCAAGGACGGGAGCGAGAACAUGUUGGAAGCCUUGAAUGCGAAGAAGGCGAAGCAGACGAAGGAGCAGAGGGCCAAGGUCGAAGCAGAACUCAACGCAUCUAACCAGCGGAUCAAAAUUCUACGGCAGAAGAUUGCAGACGCUUCGAGGUACAAGGCAACACCGACAACUCCAACAAGGCAGAGAACCAACGAGGCGCUGUUUCCUUCCGCCAACAAUGGCUUGCGUUCUCCCCCCAGUGCCUCUCGCAGUGGCGCUGGGUCCGAUAACGAGGAGUCGGCCGAACAAUCGCCCACCUUUCUCCUAGCCGAGUUGCUUCAGGCUCUGGAGCAGGAGGGCAUGCCCCCAGAAUACUAUGUCAGCCGAGGUAACAGUCUGGUCGACUUGUUUAGACGACAUCCGACUCUCAAGUAUGACUUGGUAUGGUCUGUGUUUGGUCUGCGGAUGCAGGUUAUGCUCCUCAGCGAGGCCAGAGAAGUGGUUGCUGCUGGCUACCGCAUGAUUCGAUAUGCCAUCUCAGAUGUGUCUUCCUUGAAAAAGAUCCGCACCUUGAACACUGACAUCAUUGUUGUAACGUCCUUGAUCAAAGAUCGCAAGGCCGAUCUGGAGCGUGAGCAGGCUUUGAAGUUUGUGCGAGCCUUCUUGGAUGUGAAAGAUGGAGUCAAAGAAUUAUCACGUGCAGUUGUGCGAACGGUGGCUGCUGUUGCUGAGCAAGCCGAAGACCGCCUGCGGUCCAUCUGCCUGGAGACCCUUGCCGAGAUCAUGCUCCGUGAUCCUGCCCUGGCAGUCGCAUCUGGUGGCCUAUCACCACUCUCUGAGGCCUUGAUUGAAGGAACCUACAAGUCGCCAGAGUCACUCAUGGCAUCCUAUAUGCAGAUUCUGGACAAUCCACAGAAGAGGGUCUACCUACGCUCCGGUUAUGAUCUGGAGGUCCUCUUCACAGCAUUCACAGACAUUAUCCUGGCCAACGAGAGUCUAUUGAAGCAAAAUGCCAAGGCCAUCACCAAGAUUCUGAAGAGUUGGCCUGGCCUGAUGAUACUGACAAUGCACGACUCCCGCGCACUCAAGUCGCUGCUCACUAGUAUGGUGCUUCCGCAGCCUACCAUCCGAGAAACCGUCAUCGACCUCAUCUACCUACUCCUUCGGAUCAAGUCCCCCUCAUGGGCCUCGUCAUUCCUUGCUGGCCGACGCUUGACAACAUAUGGACGGGUUGCUAGUCUCAAGUCUAUCUCAAACCAGAAUCCGUCAGGGACAUCGUCCCCCAUGGAAGAAGAUAGCGGGGAGCAAAACUUCAUGGACCACUACACUGCUCUUCUUCUAGCAACGUUUGUCAAAGCUGGUCUUUUGGAAAACCUCCUCCAGGUUGCAAGAACCAGCGAGCCGCAGCUGUCGAGGAAGACGUGUCUCCUAAUUGGAGAGGUACUGAAGUUGGCGAGCAGACUACUUCCCGCUUCAUGGAGUAACGACCUGCCUCUACUUCCAGAACUAUUCGCUGCCGCUACCCAGUUCAAGGACGACAACAGAUUCAUUGCCUCCGGUAUAGUUUAUCAGAUUAGCUCGGUAAGCAAAACUCUGUACAGGAGCUCGCCUUCUGUAGCCACGGCUGGAACCCUGCCAUCCCAUGACAGUAUGGGCAACCUUGCCGACAUGCAUCGCAAGAGCAACGCCGGAAUUGUGGUUCAAGAGGGCGCAAUUCGACAGCUCUUGGUUGAGUCAAACGUCUUGAACAGCUCCAACUACUUGAAGUGGAACUGGGAUGUCAUUUCACGAAUUAUUGAAGGGCCGCUUCAAGACGGUAAACGGUUGGACGAGGUCAACAGGGUCUCCAAAUUCAUGAACAGGAUCAUGAGCUUCUACCGGCCUUUUAAGCACAGGUUCUCCGAUCUUUCGAGCAACAAAAACACGCAAAAGUACGUCAGGGUAGGAUGUGCUUUGAUGCAUACUUUGCUUCAAUCUCACGAGGGCGUCGACUAUCUGCAGGACCAUAAGAUGCUGCGGCAGAUAGCCGAGUGCCUUGCUCAAUGCGACCCAAGCAGCGGGCUGACAUCGACGGACCCCAUGUUCUCUCCUGGCCGUCUGCAGAGCACGCUUUGCGCAGGUUACUUCCCCAUGCUUGGCGUCCUCAGUGGUGACCCUAGGGGCCUGGAGCUGCUUCAGCGCUGGAGGAUGUUCAACAUGAUGUAUCAUAUUCUCGGCCACAAGCAGCGCCCUGACUUGAUCAAGCUGCUGCUCUCUAACUUCGACUACAGCAUCCCAGGACACCCGCGAGUGCUUAUUGAACAGGCACUGACCUCUGGGACGAGAGAGAUUCGCAUCACGGCGACGAAUGCGCUGCGGAAGUAUGCGACUCGGCCUUUUGAUGCAUCGCAGCCUUCCCACGGCAAAGUUGAUUGGAAAUGGGCAAUCGAAAAGCUGUGUGACCAGCUGUACGAUCCUGAGGUAGAAGUCUGCCGGACCGCGGUUAAGAUCCUUGAGAAGGCAUGCAAUAAGAAGGCAUACCUGGAAUACGUCGUCCAGUGUCGUCCGACAAUGGACCACCUAGGAGAAAUCGGUGCCCCUCUCCUCCUACGGUUCCUGUCUUCGUCCAUCGGCUAUCACUACCUCGACGGCGUCGAUUACAUCAGCAACGAAAUGGAUGACUGGUUCCUUGGUCGCAACGACUCGUACGUCGGAGUCAUCGAAACCAGUUUGGCCAAGGCAUUCCUCGAGAAUCCGGAGGAGCAUCAGAACCGCAUGAACAUGGUCGACGAGGCCCAAGCGGAGGCGGAGCCAGAAAAUCACAUCCCACCGCAUUUCUAUCGCGAGCUUGCUCGCACUCAAGAGGGCUGCAAGCUGCUCAGCGACAAGGGACAUUUCGCAGAGUUUGCCAGCACCAUCAAAGAGUACGGGAUGCAGUCGGAAGAUCCAGAGCUCAUGCUAAAGGUCAAGUCGUCAAUGUGGGCCGUCGGCAACGUCGGGUCGAUGGAGCUCGGCGCACCCUUUAUCGAGUCAUGCGACGUCGUCGAGGACAUUGUCAAGAUCGCCGAGGAGCACGAGGUCAUGAGUCUGCGCGGCACCGCUUUCUUCGUUCUCGGACUGAUCUCUAGAUCCGCCCACGGCCUUGAGAUCCUCUCAGAGUGUGGGUGGGACGCAAAUCUUUCACCAAGGGGAGAGUCUUUGGGAUUCUGCAUCCCCAACGAUUUGUCCAAGUUCUUCUCGUUCAAGCCAUGGAAGCACGCUAUCGCUUCCAAGAUCACGUUGCCUGACACACAGAAGACAUUCCUGACUCCGCCGCCACCCACGGAAGCGCGUCCACCUUUGGAGAAGGAAGAGCUGCCGGCCUUCAACAACGAAGCCGCCACCAACCAGCGAAUUCUCGAUCUCGUCGUCGACCUCGGUAACAUGGUGCUGUACAAGCGCGCCAUGGGCGAGCUGAUGCAGAUCAGGCAGCACAAGGUGCCCGGUUUCAGAUGCCCAAAAAUGUUCAAGCGCGUCAUGACGAUGCUCGAAUACAAUCACUAUCGUUUGCCUAUUAGACGGAUGGUAAUAGAGAUGUUCGACAAGAGCGUCCUCCGGCGGAUCGUGUUUGGCGAAGACAGUGACAGUGGGUCUGACGAAGACGAAGACGAAGACGAUGGAGACAACGCGUCGUCGUCUGGUGACGAGAAUCGAACCGAGAGACAAAGGAGCAUAUCAGAUCCUUCAGAGCUAGUGAAGGAUACUCCAACGAGGACGGACAGGUCGAACAGUCAAAGCUCGUUUGACACAGAUGACUAG